AUGAGGCCAGAUUUGCGUAACCUGUCUAAGUAUGCCCCGAGGCUGGUUGAAGACCCCGUGGAUAGGGCCGGAAGGUUCAGAGAUGGGCUGAAGCCCGAGAUCGGGAGCGUGCUGAUACCAUUUAAUCUGAAGGAUUACAACGACCUUUAUGAGAGAGCUCAGAUGGUUGAGCGUGAUCUGACCGAAAGGGCCGCCGCUUUUGGAUCGCGGUUCGUGCCAUCGAGUAGGAGAGAUAUUCGGCAAGGGAAGAGGCCGAUGCGGGGUAACAGAUUCAAUGUUCCGCCCAAUCGCCGAGGAGCGAUUAGUAAGCCAAUGCCUCGCAGAGAUGAUGUCUGCCGCCUAUGCAACCAAAGGCAUGGAUCCGCUCCGUGUGAAAUGCGUGGAGUUUGUUUUGGAUGUGGCCGGCGGGGCCAUCCGGUGAGAGAUCGCCCGCAGAGGCAACAAGUCAGGCCACAGGGAGGCCAAGUUGGAAGGAUUGCACCACCAAAUUACCGUAACGGACCUCGACGCAAGGGACGAGUAUUUGCGGUCACUCGAGAUGAGGCGAAGGACUCGCCGACCGUCACAGGUACGGUCCUUCUACAGAAUAGCGUAGCUUAUGCUUUGUUUGACCCCGGUGCUACGCAUUCUUUUGUUGCGGAUCAAUUUGUUAGACUAUCUGGAUUGAUUGUGGUACCAUUAGAUAUGGUUGUUAAGGUGUCUACACCUUUAAAGGAUAGCGUAAUAGCCGCAGUAGGGUCUCCUGGUUGUAGAUUAGUAGUUGAUGGUCACGAGAGUGAGAUAGAUCCGGUUGUACUCGAGAUGUACGAUUUUGAUCCGAUCGUGGGAAUGGACCGGUUAACGAAGCAAAGGGCUACGAUGGAUUGCUAUCGUAAGUGGAUACGUCCGUUGGGGAAACUAAGUUGGAGGAUAUUGCUGUAG